UUAAAAGCUCCUUUUGAAACGAAAAACAGAGGGGCGUAAGUGACAGAUUGGUGUGUAAAAUUAGACAGUCCGCAAAAAGAUAGGAGACCAAAAUCUUUCCUCUAAAAAAUCUCUUCUUCUUUCCCGCCUUUCUCCUUCCUAAUUCCAGUUUCAAGUAGUAAUAGCAAAUCAUUUCAAAUGAUUCCUCGCCUUUUCUUCUCCGUCCUCUUCCUUGUGCUCUCUGCCUCUUUUCCUAUCAGCAGUGGGAGUGAAGAAAAGGAAAAGACGUUAGCUAUGAUCAAGCCAGAUGGAUUGCUAGGUAAUUACACUGAAAGGAUAAAGGAGGUUAUUAUGGAUUAUGGGUUUAGCAUCUUGAGGGAAAUUACCGCUCAACUUGACCAAGACAGUGCUUCAAGCUUUUACGCUGAACACUCUUCAAGAAGCUUCUUUCCAAGUCUUAUCAAAUACAUGACAAGUGGUCCAGUUUUGGUCAUGGUCUUGGAGAAGGAAAAUGCAAUUGCUGAUUGGCGCACUUUGAUUGGACCAACUGAUGCAUGCAAAGCUAAGAUUACUCAUCCUAACAGUAUCAGAGCAAUGUGCGGGCAGGAUUCAGAAAAGAACUGUGUUCAUGGUUCAGACUCUCUCCUAUCAGCUCAAAGGGAAAUCUCAUUUUUCUUUGAAGAUGUAACUUCAGGUGAAACAAAUACAACACAUGAUGAGCUCUAGCAGCUGCGUUGCAGUGACGAGCAGGAUGGCGAUUUGUACGGGAUAAAUGAACUUCCAUUCUGCAGGAUUUCUUGACCAUCAAGAACGUAUCAAAUUGACUUUGGAGUUGCUGUUUUUAACUUCUAUUUUAUAUAAGCCGAAGAACUCGAACACAUAGUUCAUUUUGUUCUUGAACUUUGCUUGGACCCAGCAUGAUCGACGUGAACUCCCACCAACCACAUACAUGAAAACCACUUGUACCACGCACAAACUUUCCUUGGCCAUCAAGGCCGUGUAGAAUCAAAUGUAGCUGUUAUGUAUUUUAAAGUGUUUUUUAUUAAAUUAUUUAAAUAAUAUUAUUUAAAUAAAAAUUAUUUUU